GUUAUCUCCCUUGACCUUUGGAGAACCACUUUCAUUUUUAACAUACAAACAGUCACUAUGGAAAUUUUAUAUAAAAUUUUAUAUAAAAUCUUAUUUUUUUCAAAGCAGUAAGUAAAAGAUACCAUAAAAGAAAAUUACUAAUGGCAUUGUCAUGGUUUCUGAUGUAACCUAACUGCUGGUUGGAGACUUUACAAGAUGUCCAGUAUACGUGUCACUGGUCUGGGAACAACAACACGAGAGGACGAGUUGAAGGUGUAUUUCAGUAAGCCGGAGAAUGGUGGAGGCCCAAUAGAGAAGAUUUACUCCCCGCUGAUGAAUAACGAUGCUGUCAUCAUUUUCCAAGAGAGUCAUGUGGCAGCACAGGUUAUGUCCCUUGAUGAGCAUACAGUAUCGGGCAGAAAAGUGGAGCUGUACAUUCUUCCUCCUAAUAUUUUUUCCACCAUCCAAGCCAGAGUAGAUCCUGCUGUAUCCCUGCUGAUAGAAUCAGUUUCUUCCUGUAAGGACCAUCUUCUGUACAUCAUUAAUUUGACCUUGACCUCCGACUCAACAGGAUGUUGUAUUUUGGAAGGGAAUAUGCAUCAGAUUGAAAUGGCAUGGGAAGUUAUUGGUCGAUAUAUACACCAGCAGGAAAGAAUUCAUUCAAGAGCAUCAAACAAGGGAUACAACUCACAUAAAAAUCUUAGCCAGUUAAGUCAUGAGGGGAAAUCAAAUAGAUUAGAGCCAUCAGAACAUUUUCUUUCAAGCAGUGGCAAGCAAGAGAAUCCAGCUCCUUACUGGAGUAAAAAUGGAGACAGAGCUGAAGACAAUGAAGAUGAUUAUGAAGCAGAUUCAUUUUUCAGAGAAAAGGGAAAAAGCAAACACAAGGAGAUGAGUAUUAAAAGUCAGACCAGGGACAGCAAGUUCUGUGACAGAAGGAACUUACCGAUGGAAAUUGAUGAUGAAACUCAGGUGAAAUCAGCGAUCAGUAAUGUCCGUCCUGUCACCAGUCCUGGAGCAGAGUGGACCCAAGAUCUAGGUUCAUUCUCCGACGAUCGAGUCGCUGACUUGUUCUCACAUUCUCACAAGUCAAGUGACUGGAAGCCAGAUAAACUCUUCACGGCGUCAAAGAAAAUCCCAACAUCUGCUGAAUCUCAUCUAGGAAAUAAAUAUCCAGAUCCGAUUACAAAACAGUCAACAUCGUAUCGAAACGAAACCAGCAAAACUGCUGAUCUCCCUGGAUACCAUAACCAACGGGAUCGUCCUGAGGACAUUCUGAGUCUGCAAAGUGUCAAUGGUCGUGAAUCUAUUCAUGCAUUUCCUUCAAACGUAGGCAACAGCUCAGAUGAGGAUUCUGCUGAGGGACCGACCAAAAGGUUUGAUGAUGCCAAUCAUACAUUUGAGAACUUCUCUAGUCUGAUCCACACUAACAAACAGAAAGGAGGGGCAUCAAAAUCAUCCAAAACGACCGUAAAAUCCAGCAGCGCGCUGAACCAGGUGGAUAUGGACAGUGUGAAACCUAGCACCGGCAGUUCUCCAGAGAAGACGUCAUCCUCAGUCAUAGAAAGGCGGCUGUCUUCUCAUAGUUUACUAGAGCCUCAACUGGAGUCCCUUAGACACAGCCAGCGGGCAGCCAUGAUGUCUGAUCUAACACAGGCCAACAGUUUUACUUUCUAUGCCGAUUUACUGAAGGUCACUGUCUGUACAGGAAACAUCACGGAGAUGAGCACCGUCGCCAUCGUGAAUGCAGCCAAUGGGAGCCUUGCUCACGGUGCUGGCGUGGCGGGAGCCAUUGCACGAGCAGCCAGUCCCACCAUGGAAAGAGAAUGUGAAGAAUAUAUCAGAAAAUAUGGGUUGAUGUCCACGGGGGAAAUUAUGCACACACGUGCAGGGGGCCGACUACCCAGAGAGGUGACUCAUGUUCUGCAUGCAGUGGGUCCGAUCUGGCUGGACAAUCUACCUGACAGGUGUAUGUAUGAACUGAUUCUCACCUAUGUCAACAUCUUCAAGUAUGCCAACAAACUAUGGAUCCCAUCAAUUUCUCUGCCAUGCAUCAGUUCAGGAGUAUUUGGAUCUCCUCUGGACGUUUCCAUUAAAUGUUUCCUGGAUGGUGCACUCAUUUUCCACAGUGAGGUAGGAGAUUCAAGCCACCUGAGAGAGAUAAAUCUCGUUAACACGAACGAGGACGGCGUGGCUACUUCCAUUGCUAUUCUGCAGUCACUCUUGGAUGGGGGGCAGGAUCGUGCCACAGCAGAGGCCAUCGACAGAUUUACCAGACUGCAGGAGAAGAGGAGAGCCACAACUAACAAACUGAGAUCAGCAUCAGCAAGAUCGCAGAUUAAGGACGACAUGACAACUGAUAUUGGACGGAAAACUGACCAAGUGCACAAUGAGACAUCUCGUGCUCGUAGAAGAUCUAGUUCCUUGUCAAGAUUGAAAGCUAGAAGUGAACCAGCAGCUAGUGAUAAAAAGAUUCAUGAAGACAGUUCUAGUAAAAAGAUGCCUUCUAGUCUAAAGGUCAGUGGAAGCAGUUCUACUCUGGAGAAGAAAUCACCUCGUCCUUCAAGCUCAAGUAGAUCUUCAAGUCAAGCUACGUAUACUAAACAUGCAGAGGAGUCCAAAUCUCCACGACAACCACCAACGAUGAAACCAGCCCUGGUCACUACCUCUCCACCAAGUGGCGGAGCAAAACCAAAAACAAAGACAUCUCAAAACGUCACCACAAAAAACACCCCACUUAAAGCUGGUUCUGGGGCAACCACCAUGGAGCCCUUUUAUAUUGAAAGAGAAUUAUCCAAACUAAAAAUGAAUCAGACUAGUAAUGGUGCAUUCAAAAGUUAUGCCAGAGAAUACAACGAAGAAUUUCACAGUCUUCCUGUCAACCUGGAGAGUCCCAGUAUAGAUAAGAUUUCCUUCUGUAAAAUAUGUCAUGGAAAAAUACGAAAAUCAAAAACAUUGUACAAAUGCAAUCACACAUUUUGUGUGGAUUGCAUUGAAGGACAGUUCCGUAAACACGGGCCAAAGUGUCCACAGUGUGGGGCUAUGUACUCCAAUUCUGAGCUGAAUAAGACCACCUCAGAAGAAGUUGAAUCCUCACCUCGUAGCUUGUUAAUGAGCACAGUGGUCCAUUCCUCCAACCCCCAUGGUACCAUGUCACACAUGACCAGGAGGAACAUGUGUGUCCCUGGGUAUGAGUACUGUGAAGGAGCCAUUGAAAUUCAGUAUGAUAUUCCCAGUGGAAAAAUGCUAAGAAAUAAAGAUCGGUCCAGCAGUCGCAGUGCGUACACAGGAGUACAACACAAGGCCUACCUCCCUAACUCUUCUGAAGGCAGACAAAUAUUAUGCCUGUUAAAGCAGGCCUUCGAGGCAGAUCUGGUGUUUAGAGUCAGCAGCCGAGGAACUGUAGAAUGGUGUGUCUCACACAAAACAUCAGUGCAUGGAUCCAAUGGGUAUCCAGACUCCACAUAUCUCAGAAAAAUCCGAGAGGAACUAGCUCGCAGAGGCAUCAGAUGAAGAGUGCAGCAAAACACAGAAUCCCAGUGUGCAGAUUUUAUUGGAACCAAAUUUUCAUAGGACUAAUACCUUAGUUUUUAGCGCAUAGAGGCUAAUUGUAUAGAGUGCGUUUUGAAACAAAGCUUUUUCCACAUGAAGUUUGUUACAUGCGAAUACAGACACACUAGGUGUAUCCUGAGGUAAUGUCAGACACAGUGUGAUGCAGUACAUGGCAAGAGCAGACAAAUAUUGUGACAGACUCCCAGGCCUCUUGUAUGUCGGGCCAUGACAAGCCUUAACUGGUCUAGUUAACAUAUCAUAACCUUAUCAGCACAUACCCACAAGGAGAUAAUGGCAAAUUAUAUCAUUUGGAUAGCUACAAUAUCUUUGUAAAAAAGUUAGAGUUUUGUUUAGAAUUUUCUCUUCAAAAGUGUCAAGAUUUAUAUACUGUGUUUUAUUUAUACAUUAUUUCAUGUAUAUAAUUAUGUAGAUGAGUAGUCAACACUUCUUGUAAAUCUUUGUGAUAGAAGAUUGCCAGAUAUGCAUUUUACUUAUUUGUAUAUACCAGUACUUAUACUCUUGGUUGGUUUUGAUCAAUUCUGAAAUUAUGAUAUGAGGAUUUUUUUAUGUAUAUUUUACCAUUUAAUAUUUCAGUUUUAAUAAAUUCAUGUUAAAAUCAUUUUACAAAUUUAAAAUGGCAUUGUAUCAUGAUAUUGAGAAUGAAAACGUCCAAAUUAUCACAUAUAUUCACAGAUUCAUUACAUUUUUAGAAUGUAUCAACUUGUCACUGUAGUAUAUAACCUGUUAAUGAAUCACAUCGGAAUCUCAGUGCCUUACCACAUACUUUAACAUUUGUAGUGUAUAGGAAAGGAGAAAAUUUGUGGCUGGACUUGGAGUUAAACCCAGGACCCCUGCAUUACUAGUCAGGUGCUCUAACCACUGAGCUACCCAGGCUGAUAUCCAUGGUCCAUAUAGCCCUAACUACUACAUUUUCCCCCUGUUUUUGCCCUCGAAAACACACAAACCCGAUUCUUUUUUGCCCCUGGCUGGACUUCCUGCAAGUCUUGAUAUACAUAUAGCUAGGUCAGGGAUUAGAAUGGGCAAGCAGGGAUCCAGGGUUCUGAACUUCCAAUGAAUUGUCAAUAAUGCAUAUUUUGUUUAUCUUUAUGAAAUUUACAUUUAGUUAUUAGACCCUUAGGAUUUGUUAGACCCUCCCCCUCCCCCACCUCAUUUCCGGAUCCAUGCAUAGAUUAUUAGAGAUUGAUAUUGAAUGAGAAUUAGCAUUACACCUUUUCUAUAUUAUUUAUUUUCUGAUGUUUUAUAACAUGCCAUUUUUGAAUGAUUUACAAUGGCAAAUGCUGAGAAUUGAAUUUUGUUUCUGUAGUGGUAUUUCAUUUUCACUUACUAUGCAUUCUGUUGUAUAAUUUUGGGUUGUAUUCUAUAAUUUUGGGUUGUAUUCUACAAUUUUCCAUUUCAUGUUUUUCUGUGGACAAGAUUUGAUAAAUUUAAAAGAGAGACUACAGGGUUGUACAGUAAUUUAAGAUCUUUGAUCAAGUCCUGUGCUUAAAGCAAGAUUCUGUUUGUACAUGAAGUAAAGAUAAUGGGCAUACUAACUUAUGUUUUAGCCAGCCUUACAAUGGGGUUGGUAAGAGUGUUAGUAAAUCUUGAAUCUUUUAUUCUCGGAGUAUCUUUGUAUACAAGACAGUUUUCUAAUGACAAAUAAUAAGAAAUAAAAGUGUCCAAUUUUC